CCCUCUCCGAAAUCAAGGUAGCGUACACCGCUGCAGUUUCUAGAGCCCUCUCUGCCACUCGUGAUCCCACUAGUCACAAUGCCUGCCCUCGCCAAGCCCGCCUCCCGCACCGCCAAGCCCGCCGCGGCUCCGAAGCCGAAGCCUGCCGCCGCCAAGCCGAAGGCGGCCACCGCUGGUGCCUCCCACCCGCCUUACUUCGAGAUGAUCAAGGAGGCUAUCACGGCGCUCAAGGAGAGGACCGGCUCCAGCUCGCAAGCGAUCGCCAAGUAUGUGGGGGACAAGCACGGCGCGUCUCUGCCGGCCAACUUCAAGAAGAUGCUUUCCAUCCAGCUCCGUGGGUCCGCAGCCAAGGGCAAGCUCGUGAAGGUCAAGGCUUCGUACAAGCUCUCGGACGCCGCCAAGAAGGCAUCCCCCAAGACCAAGGCUAAGCCGGCAAAGGCCGCCGCUGCCAAGACCACCGCCCCCAAGCCGGCCAAGGCCGCCGCCGCCAAGUCAAAGAAGGCAGCGGCUGCCAAGCCAAAGAAGGCCGCUGCUGCUGGGACCAAGCGCAAAGUGCCCGAGAAGAAGGUCGUGGCGAAGCCGAAGAAGUCCCCCGCCGCCAAGGCCAAGGCCAAGCCGAAGACCGUGAAGUCCCCUGCCUCCAAGAAGGCACGGAAGGCCUCCGCAUGAGAUGGGUUGCUUUAGGUCUAAGCUCUGAUUGUGGUUGGUGUCAGUUAGGUACUGUACAAACUAAGUGUGUGCCCAAAGUGUCUCAGGCGGUGUGUUAUGUGCUUAG